GAGUGUAGAAAAAAGAGUACUAAGGGGACUUAGGUUUUUCAAGAGAGGUUAGAACGCAAUAUAAAAAAAGAAACGUAGAGGGCAUCAUGUUCAAGCUGCAGAAAACAAUCAGACCGAUUCAAGCUGCAGGUAGAGUCUACAGCUCUGCUGUGAAAGCAGUGUUGAGAAGCCCAGCUCCUGAGGAGACAGUCACUGCAAGUUUUGGGAAAUUUAUCAGUGAGGUUAAAUCUGAGCACCUGUCCCCUGUGGUUCUUCACCGCAGUAAAAGGAUGGUGCUGGACAGCAUUGGUGUGGGUCUCAUCGGUAGCACUACUGAGGUGUUUGAAAUGGCUCUACAGCACUGCAAGCACAUGUAUGGCCCUGAUCACAUCAGCUCAGUGUAUGGACGCAGGGGCACAAGACUCUCCCCAAUAUUGGCAGCUUUUGUCAAUGGAGUUGCGACUCACUCCAUGGACUUUGAUGAUACCUGGCAUCCAGCGACUCAUCCAUCAGGAGCCGUCCUUCCUGCUGUGUUCGCUCUCAGUGACAUGAUGCCAGCCAGCAGGAAACCCAGCGGCCUUGACUUCUUACUUGCAUUUAAUGUUGGCAUUGAGAUCCAGGGCCGCCUGAUGAGGUUCUCCAACGAGGCCUGCAAUAUUCCUAAAAGGUUUCAUCCUCCCACUGUUGUUGGUCCUAUGGGAAGCGCAGCAGCCUGUGCUCGCCUCUUGUCUCUGGAUCCCUCUCAAUGCAGUCAUGCUUUGGCUAUAGCUGCUUCUCUGGCUGGAGCCCCGAUGGCUAAUGCUGCCACUCAGUCUAAACCCCUUCACAUUGGUAACGCCUCACGUCUUGGACUUGAAGCUGCCCUCUUGGCCUCUAGAGGCCUAGAGGCCAGUCCUCUGGUCCUGGAUGCUGUUGCAGGCGUGGCGGGCUUUAAUGCUUUUUAUGAAGAUUAUGUGCCACAAUCUUUAGAUUCCCCCAAUGAUGGCCAUGCAUUCCUGUUAGAGGAGCAGGACAUGGGCUUCAAGCGCUUUCCUGCUCAUCUAGGGAUGCACUGGGUGGCAGAUGCUGCAGCUUCUGUCCAUAAGCUUCUUGUUGGAGUUGGUCCUGGAAAGUUCUCGUCAGAUCAGGUCCAGGACAUCUUGCUUAGAGUCCCUCGGUCUAAAUACAUCAACAGGCCUUUUCCUAAGUCAGAGCAUGAGGCCCGCCACUCCUUCCAGUUUAAUGCCUGCACUGCUCUCCUUGAUGGUGAGGUGGCCGUGCAAUCCUUCACCCCAUGGGUCAUGAGCCGCCCUGAGCUGCAUGCUCUGCUGAACCGCGUUCGGCUGGAGCAUCCCAAUGACAACCCUGCUAACUUCAACAAGAUGUACGGAGAGGUUCAGGUGACACUAGUAGGAGGAGACAUUCUGAAGGGACGCUGUGAUACCUUCUAUGGUCACUGGCGCAACCCGCUGACCAGUGAGAGCCUGAGGAAGAAGUUCAGGAGCAACGCAGAGCUGGUGCUUCCAUCAGAGAAGAUCGAACGACUGAUUGAGGUGGUGGACGAACUGGAGAGACUUGAGAACUGCGAGGACCUGCUUUCACAGCUGCAAUAAAAAUGCAUUAUAAAUUCAUAAACAAUAAGUAAGAUACUUAAGAGAAAAAGCAUAUGAAAAUGUGUGUCUUUCAAUAUAUUACAGCUGCUUUGGAGUAUGUAUAAGGUUUUCUGCAGUUCUUAUAUAGUAAUAUGUAGAUAAUGUAAAUUCAACAAAUGCUUGGUUUUGGGUUUAGAUAGCAAACUUUGGCCUAAAGUAUGUUUGAAAACUAAUUGUAUGAAAAAGGUAUCUGUUAAAUAGAGAUUUUACAAUGUCUUCUUGUAAAAUAGAAGAGCUUUUCAGUUUGUAAUAAAAAGAGAUAAAUAAUAAA